CGAUCAACAGGAAAGGGAAAAGGCAAAGGAUAAAAGGUUGGAGGCAGAGUUUUGAUAGAAAUCGUGGGAGUUUGAAGAAACUCUAACUUCAAGUCGAGCUUUACUUCGCGUUUUGAUUUUCUCGAGAAAAUUCAUCAUUCUUCAUUGAUUACGGCGGAAAAAGGAGGGACAGAUCGCAUCGCCUUAUUCAUUCAUCCAUCGGAUCUGCAGCUCUCAGCGAAAAGAGGAAGCCAUAGAAAGCGAGGUCGAAGAUUCAAGUUUCAGACAAAUCCAUGGCAGAGGAUAGAGGAAUUUCGGAGACAGAAAAGAAAGAAUCUGACGUUGUAAACGUGGUAAAGAAGAAAUCCGGUGGCGGGGGGUUUUUCUCCCGUAUCUGGAAUAGGUUUCAUGGAAACGAUUUAGAGAAGAGACUCCAGUACAUUUCUAAGGAAGAAGCUGCUGUUCUUGUGAGAAUGAAGAGGAGAUCACAGACCUGGAGGAGAGUCGGGCGAAAUCUCAUUGCAUUCUGUGUCAUUUUUGAGGUUGUUGCGGUUGUUUAUGCCAUUGCAACUACAAGAUCAGUGGACUUGGAUUGGAAGAUGAGAGCGUUUCGGGUUUUGCCCAUGUUUCUUUUGCCUGGUUUAUCUUCGGCUGCUUAUUUUGCAUUUGUUCGCUUCACAAGGCUGUGUGAUCACAGGGACCAGAAAACUCUGGAAAGACUUCGUGAUGAAAGGCAAGCAAAAAUUGAUGAACUGAAGGAGAAGACAAACUAUUAUACUACGCAACAACUUAUUCAGAGAUACGAUCCUGAUCCUGCCGCCAAGGCUGCUGCUGCUACCAUCCUGGCAUCUAAACUGGGUGCAGACUCAGGCUUGAAAGUCUACGUAGGAGAUGAGCCAAACCUUAAUGUCCCAACAGGCAAGAGCAGUGAUGUUGAGGUAGUGCAAUCUAGUGGGCUUCGAAAUCGAAAGCAAAUACUCACAAGAUCCACUAGUGUGGGAAGUGCUCCAUCGCAUCAUUCUAUUGAAGAAACACCUCAUUGUUCCGGAAAUGGGAGCCCUCAAUCUUCUGAGUAUAAUCAAGUAGUUGAUCAUCACCAUACUGAGGGAUCUAGCAUGCAUGAUGGGGGAUGGCUUGCUCGAAUUGCUGCCUUACUUGUGGGUGAGGACCCAACACAGUCGUACGCACUCAUAUGUGGCAACUGUCAUAUGCACAAUGGACUUGCUAGGAAGGAGGAUUUCCCAUACAUUACCUACUACUGCCCACACUGUCAUGCCCUAAAUGGGCCAAAACAAUUGGAAGAAAAUGUUUCUAGCUCUGCCUUCCCUAAAAUGGACUCCUUGAAAGCAGGCAGAAAUGAUGAUGCAACAGACAAAACCAUUGCUUGUACGAGUGACAGUACACUGACAAACAACAGCCUUGUUAGCCCUAAUAGCCCUCGCCCUGAGAUUGAGGAAGUAGCUGAAAAAGAAUAGCCUUUGGGAAUCGGGGCAGUUAAAAUACCGAUUCUCUGAAGGCUAUGUAAUUGUGGUCAGAUGUUUUCUUUCUUUAACCUACAUUGUCUUCUCGCUUUUAUCUCAUUCUUUUGUAUUGCUGUUCUUGAUCUUUGAGAUUUGCAAUAGUUUGGGUGCUUAUUGGCUGUGGUAUUGUUGAGGUAUCUCACUGAGGAAUUUUGUGUUUAUAUAGAAUAUAGUUUCCAUUGUUGUGAGAAUUUAAAAAGUAUACAUGUAAUAGUACUGGUAUUGCCUUUUCGCAAAAAUAUUCCAAUAAGUGCUGAGAGCACAG